AUGGCUGAGAAAUUCAAGGUCGGCGAGAAUUAUGCUCUCAUAGGCACAUAUGAGUAUGACAUGCUUGACGAAGACCAAAUUCGUCUGUUGAGGCUCUUUCCCGAGACUAGCCACGGCGGCACCAAGUCACCACUUCAGGGUGAAUUACAAACCUAUCGAUUGACAAUUCCUGUCAUCGAGGCCGCCAAGCAGGAAAAUGAUGUCGAUAACGGAUGGGGCUUGGAGGAUGCUAAAGUCAUCGAUGAAGCGCCAGAGUAUGAUGCACUUUCUUAUACCUGGGAAAAUGUUUCGUACAGGAACGAAGAUGAAGUGGAGGAUUCUUUGGAGAAGAAGACGAAAACCACAGAGGUAAUCAAUAUCGUCGAAAACGAACAAUCUAAAGGCACCAUUGUCAUCGGCCCCAACCUCGCAAGUGCACUCAGGAGAUUCCGGAAAGAGAUCGAUCCAGAAUAUCCAUUGUGGCUGUGGAUUGAUUCUAUCUGUAUAACACAGAACAGCCCUCGCCAUAACACGGAGAAAAGUGGACAGAUCCAAAAAAUGGCCGACAUCUACCAGGAAGCCACGAAAGUCCGUGUCUGGCUGGGCGAAGAAGACGAGGAUAGCAACAAAGCAUGCAACUUUAUCAAAGAAAUCUUGAGUUUCAGGAAGUUCAAUGAACUAUGUCGAUCGGCCGAGUUUGCCACAAAAUGGAACGCGUUUAGGAACCUCAUGCAAAGACCGUGGUUCAAACGUCGGUGGAUCGUCCAGGAGGUGGCUUUCGCACAGCAAGCAGAAGUAUAUUGCGGUCGCGACAAACUAUCCUGGGAUGAACUUGCAAGUGCCAUGUCAUUGUUUGCCACAAAAGGACAUGAACUGCGUAAGAUUUUCCAAAAGUCCGAGAAGUACUGUUAUAAUGCGGAUCAUCUGGGUGAAAUCGAUGCAUACGGUGCGAAGACUCUGGUAGACACCAUCGAAUCCAUGUUCCGAAAGUCCGAGGAUGGAUAUAUCAUGGAGAAUUUGCUCUCGCUUGAGGCGGUUCUCACAAACUUGGCCGCCUUUGAUGCACAACGGCCUCAUGACUAUAUCUACGCGGUCAUGCGCUUAUCAAACGAUGCAAUUCCUGUAUCGGAGCUCAGUGCUCGGUCUCCUGUCUGCUCGCCCAAAUUGCCCACAGAAGGGUUUGCACGACAUUUAGGAAAACAAUCUGGUCAACUGUCCAAGACACCUUUCAGCUCUGACGGACAUUACCAUCAUUCCCCAGAACGCAUCAAUCAUUCCCCUGCCGUUCCGACUGUCAACAUACCUCAUACACCGGAUAUGAACCCCAAUUGGGACGACCUACGUGGAGACCACUCUCGUGGGAGGCCCAGGAGUAGAACUCCUCCCCACGCAAAGCUCCUAGGGGUGGAGCCACAUCGUAGAACAAGGUCGCGUUCGCGUGAGCCUUCACGGGCCGCAGCGAGGAAAGAUGCUGAAAGAGGCUUUCGGAUUCCGCCAAAGAACUUUGUCGUCAAUUAUGAACGAAGCCUCUUUAGCCUUUGCGUUGAGGUCAUGAAUUUUAUCGUGUCAAGAACAAAGUCGAUUGAUAUGAUCUGCAAACCAUGGGUGCCGAAUCUGAGCGGCGAUCAAAGUUUCUUCUCGGCAAUCCACGAGAUCCAUGAGCACGAUACUGUCACCAUGCCCUCAUGGAUUGCUUCCCUCGACAAGAGAGCAUUUUCCUGGAAUCCGACGGACAACGGGUACAGCUACAGCAGGAUUGCCGCAGAUCCACUCGUCGGCACCCAGUUAAAUGGAAUGAAGCCGUACAGCGCAUCUGGCAUUGUGCCAGUUCCAAACGAAUACCUUCCAUGUGCUGGGUCCAGCAAGCUGGUCGAUGGAAGAAUACUGAAGGCCCAUGGAUUUGUGCUUGAUACCAUUGAUAAACAUGGGUCGCCUGCGCACAAUGCUGUGAUCCCAUCCAAGUGGCUUGAGAUUGUGGACUGGAAGGAAGCAAAGCGACCUUCUCCCGAGAUGAGUGCUCCACCUGAGGCUUUUUGGCGAACUCUGGUUGCCAACAGAGCAUCAUCGGACAGUCCGAAGCCUCCAGAAGGCCAUUGGCGGUUCGCGACUCGGUGGAUCUUCACUAGAAGACCCAAAGACGGCAACCUGGACACGGGUGCUUUAUUGAGAGACAUCUCUGGUAAUGUCGCCACCCCAAUCGUUCCGUUCUUGCAUCGUCUGCGAGCUGUGAUCUGGAAUCGGUCACUGAUCAAAACCAAGGGGCCGGACCCGCAAUCUCUUGGAUUUCUUGGACUCGCUCCUCCCGAUUCCGAGGCCGGCGAUAUCGUAUGUAUACUUGAGGGUUGCAGCGUACCGGUUGUCCUGCGACGCAAAACACGAACCCCACACGCCUCGUUGCCCAAAGUCUCCAAGCGUGGAGGGCGUACAAGAGGCUCCCUGCCUCCAGGUGGUGGCGGUAUCAAGCCCAACAUGCAAAAUACAUCGGCCACAAUGGCGAGUCAAGACGUUGGUGGCGGCGGCCUCCAUGGAAGUCAAGACUCCGAGACACAGCGAGAGCAAAUCGAGUACUCGUUCAUUGGAGAAUGCUAUAUCCAUGGCAUGAUGGACGGCGAAGCAUUUGAUGUGCAAAAGAGAUUUAAACUUGCGAGCAAAGAGUUCCGUAUCGGAUGUGUGGCCACGGAAUGUAAUUGUGACAAGUGUGAUCCGACGAAGUCUCGCAAGUCUUCGUAGUUUGUUAUUGUUG